AGUCAUUCAUUUAGUUGUUUGAGCUAGACGAGCGAACCGAACCGAACCGUUAGCAGCAGCAGGAAAAGUGCUGCACAAGACAUUUACCCAAGUGCGACUCAGUGUUAAAUAGACAAGACCCCCAAGAACUCCCACAGACCAUCGAGUGAACGAGAAGUGAGUGCGCAGUGUUUCGUGUCCACCCAGCCCCCCCACCCGAGGAUAUUGCCACAGGAAGCACAUUAUUUGGAUACCACGAGACGUCUGCCACAGAAUGCACACACACACAGCCCUGCUACUAGUCCUGGCGGUUGCCACCGGCCUGUGGGCCAGCGUGAAUGGAGCCGCCACGGGAGCACCAUCGGCCACGGCCACCACAGCUCAGCCGAAGGGUUUCUCGGCCCGUUCGCUGGACGUGAGCGCCAGCGGCGGCGAGGAGGAGGAUGACUUCGAGACGCAAGCCCAGACGCAUCUCGCCUACAGGCAGCAACCGCAGCAGCAGCAGCAGCAGCGGCAGCAGUACGAGUACAGCGAGGAGGACCAGGAGGAGGCACCGCGCCAGGUGUACAUCAAUCGGAAUGCCAAGCAGCAGAGCAACUACCUGAAGCAGCAGCUCAAGAAGCCGCUGAGCGAGGAGAGCGAGGAGGAGGAGGAGGAGAUCGAGGAGCCCGACCGUCUUUCCACGCUGCUGAGCAAGUCAACCUUCAGCUGCACGGACAGGAACUCUGGCUACUACGCGGACGAGUCGCUGAGCUGCGAGGUGUUCCAUUACUGCCAGGAGAGCCAGAAGCACUCGUGGAUCUGCCCAGAGGGCUUCACCUUCCACCAGAUACACCUGAUCUGCAUGCCACCCUCGCACGACAACAUCUGCAAGCAGUCCUCCAAGUACCACAUCGUCAACGACUACCUGUACAAGCCCAUCAACCUGCAGGAGCACCAGAGCAAGCCCAAUGUGACGCUUCGCUACUCGGAGCGCUACUUCCCCGAGAACUACUAUGAGCACGAGCGCUACGACGACGAGGAGGAGGAGUUGCCCGCAGCGCCCAGGCCCCGUAUACAGCAUCAGCAGCAGCAACAGCAGCAACAGCAGCACCAUCAGCAACAGCAGCAGCAGCCCCAACAGCAGCUGCAACAUCGUCAAGUGGUCGCCUAUCAGCAGCCCCAGGUUCAGCAUCAGCCACAGCCUCAAGUUCGCGUCCAGUAUCAGCAGCCGCAACAGCAGCAGCAGCAGCAGCAGCAACAGAUCCGCCACCAGCCACAACCGCAGCCGACCACCCUGGCCUACCGCAAACCCCAGCCCACGACCACCAUCCAGCCACAAUUGCAGUUGCAUCAGCUGCACCAGCCCCAAUUGCAGUUGCACCAGCAGCGACCCCAGACAUUGGCGCCCACCGUAACGCCGGCGCCGUACCGCUUCUUCACUGCCGCUCCACAGCUGCAGCAUCUGCAACAGCAGCAUCAGCAUCAGCAGGUCUUCCGCACGCCCGAGGAGAUUAAUAUCUCGCUGCAGCAGCGCAGGCCGCAGGUGUUUAUUGCCACAACGCCCAGGUACUACGAGGAUGAGUACCUCUACGAGCGCAGGAAGUGAGGAGUGAGCAAACAGUCUUGUCGUUCCACGCCCACGCCCCCAGGCACAGGCCCACCCCUACCCUUUCCAUUCCCAUUACCCCUUGGAAUCCACCAAUUGUGUACAUUUCUCCCUACCCCCGCAGUGCCCUGCAGUUUUGGGGUCAACUCUUUUAGCUUUAAGCUGUGCUCCCGCUCCUGCUCUCUGUCUCUGCUGGCAGGGGGGGAAGAGCUCAAACGGCAUGCGACGGCCUCCCCUUGUCAGCUCCAAAUUCAUAGCGCGAGUUUUGUGUACCUACUUGUAAUAUUUAAUGUCCUGCUAGAAGAAUCCGCCUUCUAACUCAAUUCGUUAAUAAAGGAAGCCACAUUUAAGUUAGCUGCU